AUGGACGGAAAGCCCGAAGCGCUAUGUCGGGUUUGCGGCGACAAAGCUUCGGGCAAGCAUUAUGGGGUGCCCUCCUGCGACGGCUGCAGAGGUUUCUUCAAACGCAGCAUACGACGGAAUCUGGAGUAUAUUUGCAAGGAAAAUGGCAGGUGUGUUGUGGACGUGAGCAGAAGGAACCAGUGCCAAGCCUGCCGCUUCUCCAAGUGUCUUCGCGUCAAUAUGAAGAAAGAUGCGGUUCAACACGAGCGUGCACCGCGACCAAUGAUCGAUCAGCAACAACUUGCUAUCCAAAAACUGAGAUACAGUUUAUCAAGACAAGCGCCAUUCUUACAGGCAGCAAACCGCGUCGCACUGCCCAACUUCCCCCCAUAUUCCUACACAGCACUCUCCGAUAGAAUGCAUAACUCCGUAUUAGAAAAUGCACCUUUUCCCACGAUAUCAAGUUUCACAGAAUCGAUGUCAAUGGAUGUAUCCAACCUGGGACUUCUAAACAACUCAAGUCCACUCGGCACCUUCAAUCCGUUUAAGAUUCCGCUAUUCUCGACUCCCGUGCACUAUCCUGUACCGCAUCCCGGAUAUUUAUCGACAAACAUGUUUUACCCUCCAAUAAUAAACCCCGAUAAUACGAUGUGUGGUGAUUCACAAAAAACAAACCCAAAUAGCUUAAACUGCACCAUAUAUCAAUCUUUGUACCACGGCGAUAUAUCUUUAAAACCAGACUCUCAACAUUCCGAAAAAGUAAAAGACGAUGAGGUUUCUAGCUCAGAGGAAGCUAACAAAAUUUAUAAUUUCAAAGAGGAUGGAAAUUACAGCACCAAUCAGCACUCACCGAGCAAUUUCGAACCCCCACUCCAUUAUGUUGCGAAAAGUUUUGAUCAACACCACCAUUCUUUAAAGACUGACAAAAACGAUAUCAUAGUCAUAGAACAUAUAAAAGGCGCUAAAGAGAUUCAACAGACUGAGACUAUAAUAAAGCGUGGUGAAAAUAAGGAUUACAAGAUGGAACAACCUGGGUCUGUAGUUCCAAACAUUGAGCUCUACGACCCUUCGGCUAAAUUGUUGGUUGCUACAAUAAAAUGGUUACAUACAGUACCAAUGUUUGAACAAAUGUCGUACAGUGAACAAACCUGCUUGCUUCACAGCAAUUGGAAAGAGGUUUUCUUAUUACAUGCCGCACAGUGUUCAUUUUACUUUGAUGAAGAUCACGUAUCGUCAGUUAUCACAUCUAAACACCCAAACAUCAAGGAGGAAUUAAGGAAAAUGUCAACACUUUUUAAGAAGAUAGCGCUAAGUCGAUUAGAUAAAACUGAAUUCGAUAGCUUGAAAACAUCUCUAUUAUUCAGAACAGAUGCCCUAGACUUCUCCAGACAGACACAAAUGGAGAUAUAUCAAGAGAAGACGUUAAUACAACUGCAGCGGCAUUGCGCUGAGAAGGAAGCCUGCAGGUUUGGAAAGCUCAUGCUACUUCUGCCCAGCGUGUGUUUCGUAGCGAACCGAGGAUAUCUGGAACACCUGCUAUUCUCCACGCCGCCUGCUGACGACAUUAACGCAAUCCUCACCCGGAUAUUCAACUACACCUCUAUGUAA